CUGCCUGUAAAUUUCAGAAGGAGCUUUGCUGGUGUAUACAACAGCUGGAGAUGGGUUUGGAUAAUAAGAAAAGCAGCUCACAGAAAGCCCCUGAGGCAGAGCGAUUACUGAAGAUCUUGAAGUCCUCCAAGGCACCCAUGGCCAGGAAACGACAGGUGAUGAGGGCGUCCUUCGGGAACUACCGAGCCAGGAUGCAGCAAGAAGAGAAGAAACACUCAGAUGAUAUGGCAAAGAGCAAGAGCCUGAUGCCUGUAGAAUGUGAGAAGCUGAGCUCUGCAACAUUCUUCAGGAGAGCCACGUCCUCCGCAUCACCUGCGCAUGGAGGUACAAGAUAUCGCAAUACCCAACCUGCCAUCCCUGAGAUGUUGAAUGAAGAAAGCGAGUCGGAAACAAAGGAACUAGGAGCUGAUAAACUAAACAGUGAUAUUCCGGUUGUUGAGGAGGAGGAAGAGGAGGAUGUAUUGAUGAAGAGUUUGGAACUGGAAACUAUGGAUAUGCAUCUAUGCAAAGCAGAUGAUUGCCAUGUUUCCAAAGAUGUCCAGGACACAUCCCAGAGUGCAGGUUUCCAUGAACAACCACCGCUGGACAACAAAAUGACACUGAACUCCUUGAAAAGGUUAAAGAUGGAGAAGGACAUGGAGGAUGAGGAGAAUGAGAAAGAGAAUAUACCGAGUAGGACUCCGACAGAUACUGAUGAUACCAAUUAUAGUCAGGUAUCUUCCACUUUCUCCUCUUGCACAUCGCUCUUCUCGUUUAACUUUGAGAUCAAGGAAGAAAACUUGGAUCAAGGAAGCCGUCCCUUCCAGACCCAUCCUUCAAAGUCAGAUGGGCCGGAGUCUCACCUCAUGAUGAGAGGUUUGGACAAUCGCGCCAGUGACAGCACCAGCAGCAGUGGAGGCACCCCCACCAAGAGGGCCAGUAGGAAACGGAAUAGGGGGAAGCGGAAGCAACAACAGCAGAAGCAGAAUGAAGAUAUCCAACAGAGUGACUCAAGGACAUCUUCAAAGGAGGCUCUCCUGACAGAGAGUCCUAAGAUUGAACUAGCAGCCAAGGAGGGGUUUAAAUUUGACUUUCCAGAACCAGUGGACACUUGACUGAAACUUUGUCAUAAGGUUAUUCAGAGAACCAAGUUCUACAGACAUCAUAGAAAGUCCAUACAUCUAAUCAGGGUAUUGUCAAUUAGAUAUUGAAUAAGAGUUCCUGAGCAAGUUGAAAUGAAACUAUGAUGAACUCUAGGAAAAAACAUCAUAUGCUUUUGCUUACCUAUGAAAACUUAUGUAAAUUCAAUUUUGAUUCUUUGUCAAUAAUGAGCAAAACAGAAUUAUAAUGUGGUGCGCAUACUCCCCCCCCCUUUACCCCCCCCCCCCCUAAAAAAAACACAAAAAAAAACAGAUGAAUGUUCAUGAUAUAUAAAUAUAUAUUUAUUUUUUUGUAGAGCAUACAUGCAUGUCCUUUUCUGGAUUCUUGGCAUUGUAUAUUAAAUAAUUUAAACAGAAUAUACAAGUAUAUUGUGCUGUACAUGUAUAUAGAAUUCACCCACAAAUGCCACCUGUCUACCAUAUUUAUAAUCCUUAUAAACAAUGAAGAAGAAGGAGAAAAGCAACUGUGGUAAUUACAUUCAGUUAUCUCCCUCUUCAAAAGCUACUUGAGAUCUGUAUGAUUAUAUAAUAAAAACAAGAAAAUAUAUAUAAACUGACAAGUGAUGAUGAAAUCCCUUAAAUUCUUUCCCAGCAAUGAAAAUAGGCUCUCAGUUUCCCCGUCAUUUCCCUAGGGGGCACUUAUGAUAUCGAGUGAAUUCUAAUGAUGGCUUUAUGUUAAUGUCAGUAUAGUCUGGAUCUUGAUAAAUUUGAAUUGCUAAUUACAUGAUAGCUACACAACAGACUCUCUUUUAUGUCUGAUUUGUGUGUGGAGAUCUUGCCUAGUGGUUGAAUUGUGGUUGUGGUAUUAUGGAAAAAAGACACAUCCUACAUGCCAUUCUAUAUUCUAUAGCAGCAGACUUUGCAAUUACCAUUCUCAUGAAGCCAAUCAUAAUAGUAGCUUCACAUUACUUAUAAUAAAAUCUAUAGUUCAUAUCAAGUUAUUAUUUUUAUGAUAAUUUUAUUCAUAAUAAUGAUCAAUUAUAGAAAGAAGAAAUACAAGCAUUCGGAUAAGAAGAGUUACAUGGAUGCUGGGAAUGGAAAAAGUUUAACUGAAUAACUAUGUGUAUGAUUCAAAUGUCUUAUUUUUCCAAACCAUGUAACAUGAUAUACGGGGUGGGCUGACCAUGCAAAAAUCACAAUCUGAUGGUCAUUUUUACUUUUUUGCACAUUGUAUUGGAGAAAAGUGGGGAGGCCGAAGCCCACCGAGCCCCAACAUUCCCCCGGUUCUGUGACCCCCGCUCUUGACCUUGAUAAUGCAAUCGGCCUUUCCUGUGAUGCAUUUUCAUUUCAUAUCACUCGCUCUCUUCUCUGUGGAUGCCCUUGGCUGUAGUUGAAAGCGUUACACCUGAUCGCCUCAGUGCUUGCAACCUUUUCUUGUACCCUCCAAAACAAUCAUGAAUUUUUCAUUGAAACUAUAUCAUGACGCUGGUCUAGUUAUGACAAUUAUGACGUACUAAAGAAGUGCUUGAUAGUCAUCCAUCACUUCUCUUUAAUCAAUUCUGAAUUCCCAGAGCAUCCAUUUGAUUGUAAUUGCGCAAGGCCCCAAAGUAUGAGUUCAGGGUCCUGUUUCAUAAGACUUGUUUUAGUAACAAAUCCUUCAAUUCUAUAACAAAUUUACCAUCAGCCGAUCAGAUACAGAGAUUUCAGUAGCUCUUAACUGUUAUUGCAAAUUUGUUAUUAUAACAAGUUUUAUGAAACAUGCCCCAGAUUCUAAUACAGGAUGUAUCUUGAAAAAAGGAGAAAAUAUAAGUUAAAAUAAAAAUCAUACAAGCUAGAAAGGAAAACGUGGGAGUCUCUCAACCGACUUCACACAGCAAUGGGUAGAUGCAACUAAAAAAAUAAAAAAGUGGUGAUACGUGGAUGAUAAUAGCAUAAAUUAUGAUUGCGGCGUUCCACAAACCAUGUCACACACCUGGGAGGUGUUUCACAAUGAUUUUUACAAAAUAUUACUUAAAAAUCACGGGUACGUGAUAUGCAACGUGCAACCUUUAAUAUUGAUCAAUACGCGGCCGUAGUGCGCGUCCUCUUGGCAUGAUCUGACCAAUGCAGUCAUGCCUUUUAUACCGUGCGCAAAAUGGGCAUUUAAGUGCGACUCUAAGUCAUAUUUAAAUCUUUGUGAAACACCCCACUGGGCUGGUAUUGAAUUCAACACUUGAGCCAGAAUUUCAGAUAUAUAACUUGGUAUUUUGCUUAGGUAAUUAUACUCAUCCAUCUUUGGUAUUCAGUAGUAUAUUUUGGCUUUAGUAUUUUGCUUACCGAAGUCUGGCUUGUGUGCAGUUUACAAACAUGCAUACGUGCAGUACUACAUGCACACCUACAUACUUGUACUGCACACAUAUGGAUACAUACAUAGUGCAUUAUAUGGCUUAAACUUUAUGAUGUUACAAUGCAGUGUAAUGAGAUUUGCUACAUCAGUUGCACAAUGGCAACAGAAUUACUGCAAUUGAUUGCAAAAAUUUUCUUGCAACACCCCACUCUGAUGUCCAAACUUUGAGGAAUAUAUAACAUGAAUAUGAUGUAUGAUACAAAUAUGUAAAUCAACAGACAAACAGUAAAUUGCAUAAUUGAAUUUGUAAUGCAAUAAUUGUACAUGAAUUCUAUUGUAUGAUAAUGUAUGAUAACUAGCAAGUUUAGAACAGAUAGAUCUACCGUCUUCGUUCAUCUUAUUUUAUUUCUAUCAUUAGAGGAAACAUUUAUCAGCACAUUAUUUCAAGUUCUAAACAGUUUAUAAAGUUUUGUUUUGUUGUUUUAUUCAAAACCAAAUGAACUUUCAAUCUAAAAGAUGUUUCUUGAAAUGGUAUUGAAUGUGCUAGUUCUCUGCAUUUUGUCCUGUGCAUAAUAUGUUAAUAAUUAUAUGUUUUUUUCUUCUUCAAAUGAUGGUAGUUCUACAACCAAUUACUUCUGAGUUUUAAAGUUCUGUCCUCUGAAUAAUUGCUUGAAUGGUUGAAAAGUGUAUGCCUAGAAACGAUAUUAACAAUGACAAAAUAUCCUCCCCUCAUGAUGUUCAAGAUAUGCACAAAAAGAAAGUUAAGUGAUUCCAGAAAUUGAGCUUUAUUAUGGAAGAUCAAUUAUGAAGUUAUGUAAACAGCGAAAGACUGAAAUUGCAGGGAUCAUUGGUCAAAUAUGUGAAGAGUUAUGUGGUCAAAUGAGUGGCAUCGCUGUUUUUGCUUCUUUGCAGUACUUAAAAAAAUUGAAAUGGGUGAAGAAAAAAAAAAGAAGAACAUCCAUGUUUUCUGUUUAAGUCUUGUGUUAUCAAAAAAGCAUGAUGGUACAUGGCCGGGCCUUUUUUAAAUCUGUUUGAUCCUCUCUGCACAAUAUUACUAUUUCUCUCUUCAUGUACAUUUCUUUUAUCAUUUUCCAUUCAUGCAUUUGAAAAGAGAUGUUAAUUUGAAAUCAAAGAAUCCUUUUCACAUAUGGCUUGGAAUUAAUUGCAUCAAGAGAUGUGUGAGUGAGCUUUAAUAUUGAUUGAGUGUAUUGCUAUUACAUUCUUGAGGUUUUGGCAAAUCAAUAUAAAGCUUUAUAGUUCCUCUCCAUACGAGAGGCUCUUUUAUCUUUUCAAUUCAUCUUGGUGUGUGUUCAAACAAUUCCGGCUCAAAUAACAACAUGAUUGAAAUAUAAUUCAAAAUUCUAACACAAAACAUGUUUACUGCGAGAGAAGGUUACAAUAAAUUUCACUGCCUACUGUACGUAAAAUUUGAUUUUUGGGUGGCAAACAAUGCUUUAUAAACCUAAAGUAGGCAAUUAUUUCAUGGAAUCAUAAAAAGUGGUCAUUAGAUUCACACAAUUUUCAGAGACUAUUCUGCUGAAAUGUGUUUAAACACAUCCAUCCUAUUCAGUGUUUCAUGUUUGCCUUCUGGAAGAUGUUUAGUUCUAUAACAGGUUGAAAUUAAAGUCCUUGAACAUUUUAAAGCCAUGAUUCUAUCAUGAAUUGCAUUCUAAAAAUAUAUCUUUUCAGUUUUUAAUGCUUGCAUUCUGGAAGACAACUAUUUUAAAACCUGCAAACAUAGCUCAAAGUCUAUGAUUUAGCUCAACAUCUUUGGAACUAUGACUCUAGAGUGACUUGUAUUCCCAAACUUCAUCUUUGUAGCAUUUAUCACUUAAAUUAUUUUAUCCAACUAAACAAAAACAGAUCGGAGAUAGAACAUUCACCGUUGCAUCCUCAAUGGAAUGGAACAAACUCCCUCUCACAUUUAGACAAUCCCCAACAAUUGAGUAUUGAGUCAUUUAAGAAGUCCCUUAAAACUUCUUUGUUCCAGGAAACUGCCUUCAUUUAAUAUGUCAUUCUGAUUUUUCUUUGGUAUAAAUUAGUUAAAUUGAAAUUGUGAGCGCUUUGGGCCAUGUGGGAAAAGCGUGUUAUAAAUAUUGAGUAUUAUUAUUUUUGCAUUCUGAAAGACGUUAUUUAGUCCUCCAUACAAGAAAGGCUGCUUUUAAAAUGUCAAUGAUUUUGAGUUCAUCCAUGCCAGGUGUUCUUGAUGGCUAAAAUCAAUAAUCUCAUCUUCUAUAUAAUCAUUACACAAAUAUAGGAAAGUUGUUCCAUCCAGCUGAUAGCUUAUAUUUUCGUGAAAGUUACAUGUAUAUUUGCUUGCGAUUUGUAUAUUUAAUCGAGACAUAUGUUAUAUUUGCUAUUUAAAAAUAAUUUUCACACCUUUUUGGAUUGGCUGGAAUAGUGACUUUUUCUCAUGAAUUUUAACAGAUAAUGUUGACAUCUCACCUUUACCGUUGUUAGAUACAUUAUUUUUGUAAAUAUGCCAUAAGGAACUUUUGAAGUGUCACUAGAGAUAGAGGAUAACUAUUGUAAGACUACAUGUUUUAGAUAUGGAUCUACAUGUAAGUGCAAUGAUUUUAACAUUAUGAAGUCAUGAAUCAAAAUAGAUAGGAAUCAGAAUGCAGAAGGUUCAUUGGUCCAAAUAUUUAGAAGAGUCUCCCUAAUAGCACCAGUUUGAUGUGAUACAAUUUAUUCAAGAACAACAUAAGAACUUAAUAGUUUCUCUCUAAUAUCCUCUAAAUAUUUUAAGAACUAGAGAGCAGUGUUAGGUGAUUUUUUUUAUUUAUUUUUUAUUUUCGAAUGUUAGUAUAUAGUAUGGAUAGGCACUACUUAAAUGCAAAAUGUAUACUGUAUUUAUAUCAUGAUUGUACCAGAAGAAUUUAACGUUGCAUGAUUCAUACAACCUGUUUAGAAGUAUACAUGUAGAUCUACUUCAUACUGAACAAUUUGCCAAAGAAAAAUCACUUUUUGAAUUUGAAUAUUGCAUUAUCAGCUGAAUAAUUCUUAAUUUAUUUUUCAGAUGAUCUACCAUUCAUGGAAAAAAAUAUGUAACCUCAAAGUUUUCAUUAAUUUUAACUUGAAUGAAGAGAGUUCUAUGAUAUCUCACAAGAUUGAUUUUGCCAUUGAGUUUCUAUAAAUUCUUGUCUAUAUGAGAUUUUACCCCAAUGUAUGUGUGCUUUUUAACAUAAUGUUGAUGCAUAACUUAUGUUUAAUGAUACCUACACGUACAAUUAUUAGAGUUUCCUGCAACAAUGAUCAGUCUACUUAUUGUGCGGUGUUGGGGUGAGGUAUUAGAGGUUUGAAUGAGAAGGAGCUGAUAAACAAAUAUAGUUCCAGAGAAUGGUGCAAGAUAUUAAUGUUUAAAUAAUUUCUAUUCAAUGAAAUAGUCAUUACUUUUGUUAUUACAUGCAUACUGUUGAGUUAAAGUUGAAUUUGAAUGAUAAUGUGUGACUUGAAUGUAACUGGAAGCUCCUGGUUAUAUAGCAACAGUGAUCCAAAUUUCUAUGAGUGUAGGAUUUCAGUUUAGCAAUUAGCAUUUCUUGGACUCCGUGAAUUCAAAUGUAUCACCCCCAUAUUUUGGUCAUUGUAAUGAACAUGAUGUUGUCAAAUAUUUACAGAGGUUGCAAUAUGGAGUGGUGUGCACACAGUCAUUGCACUUGAGGGCUGCUUUCAAAUACUUCAGAUGUGAUGGAGAGGGAAGGAAUUAUUACCCUGUUCAUAUAAAUGUCCGCAUGUCUGGUUUUAAAUGUGGAUUAACCAUUGUUUAAACAGUGUCCUUUCAUAUUUAUUCCCCAUGUUUUAUUGCAUUUUAUUGCACUAUUACUGCUACAAAAUAUUAGAGAUGCAUGUAUGAAAUUUAUGAUUGUGGCUCAAGUUGUGCAAAUACUUUCCAAAUUCUGAUAAGGUCUACAUGGGAACUUAAUGCCCUACUCAGAGAGCUGGGCAGGUAUUCUAAAUGAUAAUUAGUUCAUGGUGAAAUUUACAAUGAGAUUUGAUUAUUAUGCUUCUUUCAUAUUCCAUUCAUUUUUUUUCAAUUUACACUUUCCAUUCUUUAUGCAUUCAUUCUGCUAUAACUGCUUAUCUUCAUGAGUUCCGUAUUUCACAUCAUUCAGCAUCUGUUAGUAACAGAAGAGAGGUAAUGCAUAAUAAGGUGUAAUUUGCUGGAUUUUGCACAGCUUUUUACAGAGGGUUUUCUUUUCUUUAAAUCAACAGCUGCUAUUUAUUUCAUGAAAGAGUAAAGAUCAAUAAUUCUGAAAGCACAGAUUGCAAAGAAAAAACACAAAUGCACAUAAUCCCCCACAUUAUUCAAAUCUCACUAAAUACCUGUUCGAUGCUUCUAAACUUGAAUUAUUAUUUUUGUUUUUGCAAAUGAUUGUGAAGAUUUUGCAUUUAAGUAAGAAUUUUCAAGCAUAUGAUUGAAUACAUACAGUACAGUGAAGUAUAAAACAAAUGAUGUAUAAUUAAAAGUUGUGUGACACUUAUAUCAAUUUAGCAUUUGCAUUUCUUUGUAUGCCAUUCUAAAUUGACUAGCAAUUGUCGAACAUGCAUAUAUUGACACAAAGUAAAAUUAUGGUUACAGGAUUACUCGUCUAUAUGCUGCUGUUAGUUGCAAAUUUGGAAGUGACUGCCAAUAUACAUUUUGCAAUGGACAAUGGUGAUUGGUUUGCUAUAGUUGUGUUCUAGUGGUUUUGAUUCUCAUCUUUGAAUCAGAGGAUUGUUGGUUCCAGUCCCAGCCAUGGCAUGUUUUCCUUGCCACAUUGUGCUGCACUCAACACAGGUGAGGUGAAUGCACUGAGAAAACAGCUCGAGCUUAAGUCGGGGUACUAAUGUGCCCCCCUUCCAAGAUAGAUUAUUUUCCAAAUAGAUGGAGCAAACAAUUAUUAUUACUAUUAUUACUUUGAUCCUAUUAACAUUGAUCUGUCAGUUUCGGUUUUGCAAGAGACACUUUACCCUAAUUUUUUUCCCUGGUGUUGAUAUGUCAGAAAUGAUCCCACAAACUUGCAUCUCUUGUUUGAUGACUGUACAUGUCCUUGAGUUUUAUUCCAUUGUGUUAUAGAAUGGAUUGAUAAUAAAAGCAUCAUCAUCCACA